GCAACUUUGACGCACGUGCUUACCGUGAAGUGAAUAUAUCCUAACCUAGACAUCCGGCGAAAAAGCCACGAGCUUACACGCAGGUAUUUUGAAGCCCUGAAGCCCAGGUCAACGUCGACGCUGCCCUUCGAGGAAAUUUAGAUAAAUUAACCAAAAUUCAGGAUGCGCCGUUCAUCUUCCAAGGUACAGAAGGGCAAGAAGUCAGCUCAUGAUGAUACUGACGAAGCGGUGGUCAUGGAUGACUCCGUGAAAGCUGACAAUGGAGGUGAAGUUGAAACGUUGAGUUCCGCUAAGAAGCGUACUUCACGAGGAAACGCUAAGGACAACGAGGACAAGAACGGCAGCGAGAAACAAGGUAACAGAAAAUCGCUCAACAAAAGGAAGAGUGAUAGCAACGGUUCCGAGUUGGAGGUUGAAAAGCCUGCGGAGAAGAAAAAGAAGGGUAAAUCAGAGGUUGGAAACGACGAGAGUCAUGACGAUGAAAGCGAGAAAGUCAAAGGCAACGGAAAAUCGCCAUCCAAGAGUAAGAAAAAGGGCAACGCUUCCAAAAAAGAAGAAGAUGAGAGUGAUGACGGUGAGGAGUACGAGGUGGAAAAAAUUGUGGAUCAGCGUACAAUCAAAGGUAUGCGCCAGUUCCUCAUCCGUUGGAAAGGAUACUCCGCAGAUGCAGAUACUUGGGAGCAAGAAACAAAAUUAAACUGUGAUAGGCUCAUCGAAGAAUUCCUAGCUGAACAGGAGGAAAAUGAAAAAUCUGCUGUUAAAGAAACAAAAGAAAAAGGUAAACCGGAAUCUGCAAAGAAAGCCAAAAGCAAGAAGCCUGCCAGAAGAAGCAUGAAGUAAAAAGUUUGAAAAGCAUACGAAUCGUCCAAAUUUUAUUGGUAAGUUUAUGAAAACAUUGAAAAAAAAAAAAAAAAAAAAAA